CUGUGUUUCAUAUUAAGAUACUGGAUGAGAAUGACAAUGCACCGUUGCCAAGAAACAUCAAUAUUUUAGUGAAAUAUUAUGGUAGUUCCUUCCCCGGAGGGCUCAUUGGAAACGUGAGACCAAACGAUCUGGAUGAACUGGAUGUGUUUAAUUGUACAAUUAGAAAUGGACCACUUAGGAUGUAUAGUUUUCCAUUCGGAAUGUGUAAUUUAUGGUCCUCCCCAUACCAAGGGGAGGCAACAUAUAAUAUUUCCAUCGAAGCACAUGACCAGCUCCACCCCUCUGUCAACAACAGCAUUUAUAUCAAUUACAAAGGCUUUACCAAUGUCUCUCUGGACAACUGUGUGCUCUUCUACAUCUCCAUGUCUACUGUCGAAGAGUUUCUGUCUUUGAAGUAUUUAAAAUUUGUCAAAGCUUUGGAUAGCCUCUUUAAUCUACAAGCAUCCAAAACGCAUGUGUUCGGAAUGAAGUUACAAGGAGAUAAAAUGCUGCUUUUGGCUGCCGUGAAAAGCUACAACGGACAGUAUCUAACUGGAGAGGUGGCAAAUAGAAUAUCAAAUAUGCAUAAAAGGUUACUGGAAGCACAAAGCAAUGUGACUAUAUCCCAGAUAACCAGCGAUCCCUGUACACUUCAUCCUUGCCAAAAUGGUGCCACCUGUAACAGAAACAUUCACAUCAGUCAAGAUGUUGCCGUCUUGGAAAGUUCUAGUCUCAUAUUUGUAUCUCCCAAUUUUGUUGAAAUCUUUAAUUGCUCAUGCCCGACAGGCUUUACAGGAGAGUUGUGUGAGCUGGACUUUGAUGAAUGCCUAAAGGGACCUUGUGAAAACGGGGGAACCUGCUAUAACAAUCCAGGAUCAUAUUUUUGCCAAUGCAAAGAGGGAUUCUCUGGGCCGCGCUGUGCUAUUGUUGAUAAUGAAUGUCAAACAGUGGUGUGUUUAAAUGGAGGAACUUGUUGGAACAGACAAGGAGGGUUUAUCUGUGAUUGCAGCCCAGGAUAUGAAGGAAUAUUUUGCAAUCAUACUGUUGACCAUUGUUUAUCCUCCCCCUGUGUACAUGGAAACUGCACCAGAUUUUUAACUGGAUACUCCUGUCAGUGUCCAUUUGCUGUAAGCGGAGUCAAUUGUGAAAAACACAGUUAUGGUUUUCAAGAGCUUUCUUAUAUGGAAUUUCCACCAUUAGACCCUCAAUAUAACUUCAUCUCUCUGGAAUUUGCAACUGUACAGCAAAACUCUUUACUUCUGUACAACCAUGGUGACCUGUCAACUUCAGAGUUCUUGGCACUUGAAAUUGUGGGUGGAAGACUGUGGCUCUCUUAUGAUCUUGGAUCUGGGGUGACAAGAUUGGAGACUGGGAAGUUAGUGGCUGAUGGAAGUUUUCACAACAUCACUGUUAGAAUAACUGGAAAUAUAGCCUCUCUAGAAAUUGACAGCUGCUCUGCCAAUGAACCACAAGGCUUUUGCUUAUCACAAAGUGGUGGUACUGGAACUCAAAGGACCCUGGAUGUGAACACAAAUAACCUGACAUUUGGUGGAGUAAAGUCCAUUGAUGUCAUUUUGCAGAGGCAAAUAAGGACCCAUGAUUUUGUUGGAUGUAUGAGAAACAUACUAGUGAACAACAUUGGUCAAGAUUCCUUAAAAGCCCUGGCAUCGCAGAAUGUUCUUGACUGGUGUCCACGAGCUGAUAUUCCUCCCUGCCAGACUGAAGAGUGUUUAAAUGGAGGAGUUUGUCAAGACCGAUGGUCCCACCACCACUGCCAGUGUAGAGACCAUUUUAUAGGGGCCAACUGUGCCAAUUUGGCUAAGCAGCAUGUAUUGUUUCUUAAUGGGGAGGUCUACAUUGAGUUUGCCGUCAAGGAAAGCUACAGAAGAAACCAGCUUCUGCAAGCCAUUCUGGAUGGGAAUGAAGGAGACUCUCAGGGAUUAUACAAUGUUGAGAUCAAGAUGAGGACUGUCAGAAAAAAUUGUAUUUUGAUUGUGUUUUGGAGUAAAACAGCGCAUCUAGCUCUUCAGAUAUCAGAUGGAAAACCUCUGUAUGUGUUCACAAAUGCCACAUCUGGUCAGCGACAGGAGCUCUCAAUUAAGGGAGAUGUUUCAGAUGGACAGUGGCAUGUUCUUCAACUGCACAGAAAGCGGCCAUACAUAACUCUGUUUCUGGAUGAACGGCCUAUUGUGAACACCACCAACAGCACCAUAACCCACUCUGUGUUCAUAGUAGAGACCGUUUAUCUGGGCACUGCUCCUUUGAGUGAAUCCAGAGAUAAAAACUCAGGUUUUAGAGGGUGUGUGGAAUACAUAAAAUUCAACGGACACAUCCUAUCAUUCAAUGGCUACAAUGACAUAGUCGAGGCCAGGCCGAGCCCCUCUGUCUUCCAAAACCUCUGUAUUUCUCCAAACCACUGUGUUCUAACUCCAUGCCUCAAAGAUUCCUGUCUUUCUAAGCCCUGCUGGAAUGAUAGUAACUGUGGUUCUUCCUCCAAAGAGGACUACUGGUGCGUCUGUCUACACAAUGUGUCUGAGUCUUUAUGCGGAUCUUGCUCAUCUGACUCUGUACCCAGUGAGGCCUGUUCUCAACCUCUUGAGAGUGCCCCCUUAUGGAUUGUUGCAGUUGUUAUUCCCAUUGCCCUCAUUUUGCUGAUCCUGGGUCUAUGCAUUGUCCUCAGGAGACAUGGCAAAUUCUGUGAUGGCAAAACUAGGAGUCCUACCUACCUAAUGCCACCAACCAAACAGCAUGGCACAGAUAAUCUGGCAUUUAUUUUAGGCCUUGCUGACGAGUGUCCUCGGAACAUUUUAAACGAGGGCAGAAAACAGGCAGAUUUGAUAAAGCCAAGAGAUUCAUUGCAUGGAGUAGAAAAUUAUUCUGAAGGUGGCCCCUCUAGUCACGUCUCGGAUUUUGGAGGGAGUGAACUGGAGUACUAUGAGAUUGACAGCACAUAUACAGUUUGCAGCUCAGAUAUGAAGACCCUACAGCUGAGAAAGGAUGUUCCUGGUAUUAAUUGUCAAUCCAUGAGAGAUAGAACAACCUUGCAUCCUCAAACUAAUCAUGUGCCACCUUCCCCUGAACUUCAUCAGAAGAUGCCUGGUGACAAUUUUCACCACUGGCAACAUCUGUCCCACAUCUUCUCCAGGAGAAAACUAGCUUCUGAUCUGACAAGUCCCCCACAACAUCUCUCAGCAGAUGAAGUUGAGAAAAUGAAUGCCCCACCAAAAGAAUUUCAAAAUUUGAACGAGUGUCCCAUAAAGACAUUUAGAGCUGUCAGCUCAGACAGGGGAAUAGAGUCAUCAUCAGAAAGUGAAAGUCAUUGCUCCUUUACUGCCUCUGAGUUUGACUGUGAGAGAGAACAGUCAUUCAUCAGUUCACGGGACAACAAAGAUGAACAUCAAUCUGAAGCUGCAGAUUGGUCCAGAGGGCAAUUUAUUCUGAUGGCCCCUUCACCUUUCAGAGAUGUGGCCACAUCACACUGUGUCCAGAAUGUGCCCAAAACCUCUGUCUCCAGUGGGAUCCAGCAACUAGAGAGUUUCCUAAACCUAGGAGUUCAUUUUAAUACCUAUGCAAGUGUAUUUGAGGACAUAGCCAGAUUGCCAAACAAUCAACCAACUGACCGUGAUUUUCAGAGUGAUCAAGAAGAAAUCAUUUGAAGGAAUGUUAAAGCAGAGGUUCACAGUAAAAAAAAUAAAUUGAAAAAAAAAUAAGCACUUUAGUCAAAUGCUCUGUGUGGAUGGGAACUUAGCUAAGGUUCCUGAUUUUCAACUGUUUUUAUUUAGUAAGCUUCAAACUUAAAUGCUUGAGUCUGUGUUCUUUAGCAAAUAAUAGCUACCAGUGAAAAUCUGGUGAAUAUUCUUUUUUAGAACAUUAAUAAAGCUGUAAAUAUACUAAUAAUUUCAUCUAAAAAGGUGCAUUUUGUACAAUCUGAGAGGCUUGUUACACUGUGAUUAGGCAGACAUUAGAUAACAAAGCAUCAAGGAAGAGUUUUAACAUAAUUCUUUGUGUUACAUUAGCGACAUCACUUGCCAGAUCUCUGACAUUACAUCUAGUUAUAUAUAUUAGAGAUCAUAAGAGG